UGCUUCACACAUGUGGGGAAGGUCAAUAUGGUGGUUUUAAACUCGUGUUAUGAAAUUUAGGAGCUAACUGUGGUGUUAAAGUCAUUUAUACAUGCUUUGGAGCUGAAAGUCUAAUCCUUGGCGUUUAUGGCUAAUACUCAGUGUUAGCAUUUAAUUCAUUGCAGGAAUCGUUCAGGUUGGUGAAACAGCUAUGUUACAGAGUUUGUGUAAAUUUCACCGGCAGUGUGUUGGAGCUCUUCUGCCCUUUUCUGCUCGCGCCUUAACAUUAGAAGCAAGGCAUUCACCGGCGCACGUGCAGCGAGCAAAUUACGGAAGUGCUGCAGCAGAGCGGAAGAAAUUCUACCAGGAUGUCAGUAUCUCUCAAGGUGAAGGUGGUCAGUUUGAAAUAAACCUGGACAGGAGAAAGUUAAAAACUCCAGGAGGAAAACUUUUCACUGUGCCCAAUGAAGCCCUGGCCAUCGCUGUUGCUACUGAAUGGGAUGCUCAGAAGGACACACUCAAGUUCUACACCAUGCAUCUAACCACUCUGUGUAAUACAGCUAUUGAUAAUCCAACGCAGCGCAACAAGGACCAGAUGAUUUCUGCUGCGCUGAAAUUUCUGGAGACUGACACCAUUUGUUACAGAGUAGAAGAGCCUCCAGGACUUGUUGAAUUACAGAAUAAUGAAUGGGAUCCUGUAAUGGACUGGAUUGAAAAAAGGUACAAUGUUGUUAUCGGAUCGUCAUCUAGUAUAAUGGGCCCACAAAUCCCAGAGGAGACCAAGGAAACAUUUCGUCAGCACCUUAAAUCUUAUAAUUUGUGGUCAUUGACAGGGCUUGAGUAUGUGAUCUCACAGCUGAAGUCAUUGAUUCUGUCCUUUGGGCUGAUUGACAGACAUUUAACUGUGGAACAUGCCGUUCUGCUGUCUCGACUAGAGGAGGAAUACCAGAUCCAGCGUUGGGGAAACGUUGAAUGGGCUCACGACUACGAUAUGCAUGAGCUGCGGUCUCGUACAGCAGCAGGUGCCCUGUUUGUACAUCUGUCAACUGAAAGUUCUACGAUGAAGAAAAAACUGCUUCAGGACUGAUCUGACCUGAGUACAUGAAACAAAAUCCAUCUUCUCACAGAUUAUAUUGAUCCAUGGCAUAUAAUUAUCAUCAUGAAAACAGAAUUUUGUGUAAUUGUGACAUUGCUAUACUUUGGGUGUUGAAACAUGUAAAGCUUUUAACCAGAUUCUCUGCUGUGUGUUUGUGAAUUAACUUAAAAAUGUUAAUGACAUUAUUUGUUAUUUUCUGUGGCAAUUUAGGGUAGAAUUGCUGUCUCAGUGCUUCAGGAUCUUUAGUGAAUUUUCGGGUUACAGUUUGUAGAGCUUCACAUGUCCUUCCCAUGUCAGUGUGGGUUUUCUUGGAGUUAUGAGGUUUUCACCCACCUCUGAAGAACCCGUAAACAAAUCAGCUGCUCUAAAUUGCCUAUAUAUGUAUGUGUGCAUGCAUGGAGCCCUGCGAUGAACUGGCUUCCCCUCUAGGGUGCAUUCCUGACUUUUACCUAGGAAAGUCUCAAGAGCCACCUUGACCCUGACCAUGAAAAACGUACUUAAAGAUCAAUGAAUGAAUGAAUGGUGUUAUAUGUUAACUUUUACAUAUUCUGUAUGUCCUAAUAUUUCUUUGAAACAUUAAAUAUACAGUGGUUACUGAA